UCCGCUCCAUCAGCUGCGCCAGUCACUUUGUCACGAGCCCAGGGGACACGCAGACAUGUACGGCGGGUUCAUAACACCACCGAAUGAUUCCGGUACGCAUUUUGGCGUACUUUUCUGGCACAAAGACGACUUCUUGACUGCCUGCGGCCAUGGGACCGCAGCACUUGGAUACUGGGAAGUUUCCAGGGGCCUAUUGAAAGCUCCUGAAGGCGGCGGUGUGGUUGGCGUAGUUAUUGACAUACCUUCUGGUCGCGUGGUAGUGAAAAUAGUGGUCGAGGGCGGAAAGCUGGUACAGGCCAUCUUUCGUCAACGUCUCCAGUUUCCAAUUCGCAAAAUCCUUACCUUUGGUUUGAGCUUCGCGGGUGCAGCCAAUGCCUCGGUGGACGCAGCUCAGUUGGGGCUCAAGGUGGAGCCCAGCAACGUGAACCGGUUCAUCAGCUUGGGGAGGGAAGUUGAGCUCACUAUGUGA